UAGAGUGUAACCGCGCAUAACCAAACAUUCAGUGCGUUUAAACAAAAAUUCAGGUCUAAAUUGUUUGUGCAAGCUAAAUUACGUACUUAAUAGCGUGAUAAAGUGUUAAAGCUUACAAAUUACUUUAGAUUAACAAUUACUUGACCAGUUCAGCUACCCGAGCUUUUCUGUUUUUGUUCGGUGUCGUUAUCUGGUACCAGCGGAGGAACAUCAUGGAGGACGAUACGAUUCGCAUAACCCACUACAUAAAUCCACACAUGUUCUGGUACAAGCCAGUGUCCGCAUACGUUCACAACAUGGACGAAAAGCGGUUCCAGUUGUCUAUCGACGAGUACUGCGAAACGCACUUCCGGCAAGUUAAUGACGAGCGUAACUACGAAGCCUUUCCGGGAGAGACAGUAGCAGUGCUCGAUUUUGAUCGCAACAAGUGGUGCCGCUGCGUGGUGGACGGCAUCCUGGAAGACGAUGGAGGCGAUAAACUGUACAACCUUUGGUCCAUCGACGAUGGGGUACCGAUUCAAUCUUCCUAUCGUUAUGUUAACCCAUUACCUGAAAAAUUUUCGUCGGAAGCAAUCAGUAAAGUGAAGCGAGGAGCAAUCAAGAAUGUACUUCCUUCGGAAUGGGUUUACGAUUACCAAGAGGACAGAUUAAUGUCUAAGGUCGCAUCGCGCUGGGAUGACAACGCGAUACAAGUGCUCCAUUCGAUCAUCCAAAACUCGAGCAAGAUAUACUUCCGCAGUGUCACAAGGCACAGGGUGCAUAAUGUAAUGAUCAAUUUCGGGGAUUUGGAAAUAGUAACACGCAAAAACAAGGUUUUCAGUGCUGCACAUGUGCUGAAGAAAAUACGCGAGAAAGUUUCCGAGGUGGAACCAAGAGAUUUCUUCUCCAAACUUCUGGAGAUAAACACUACAAAUGGCGUUCGUAGUCUUCCGGAUAGGGACACUGGAAGGAGUCUAAAAAACCACAUUAUCUCGCAUGACCCAAGUCCGAUGAAACCGAACAAAACCUGUAACGAUAGCAAACAUUUGGAGAAAGAAUCAAAUCACGCGAAACAAAACGGCAUAAACGUCCGCGAAUUGGAGAAAAAUGGUGUACAUGAGGAAGAUUUCGAUGAAAGCGCAAGUAUGAUCCAACCUUAUAAUGCCCGAGUACAGACCAACUAUCAGCCGAAACAGGAUCCGGUGAUAGAAGUUUCUAAUUCUGAUGAGGAGUUGUACCCGAUUUCAUCAUCAAUGGUCAAAGCUGGACGCAAUGCUGCCUUCGAAAAGAAUCUCUGGCAACAGAAAACCAAACCCCCAAGUAACGAUUCAUUUGAAAGAAUCAAAUCCAAGGAACUUCCGAAGCGCAAUUCAUACGAUCGCGACUCAUCAAAUUCUAGUUCCGUCAGAAAUGAUGAUAUGUCUGACGUUCCUAAGUCUACAUCUUUUCUCAGCAAAUUGGAAAUGCGGAAAAAGCUUCGUGCAGCUCAGAAAAGUUCCGUUUUAUCAGUCCCUAAGGAACAGCCAAUGGAGGAACUUGAGACAAAAGUCACUACAUUGAACAUAGUUCCUGCUGGCUUCAGCAUGAGCAAGAUUGCUUUCGAAAACGGAAAAGUUGUAGCAGGAGACUCGACAGACUACUCGGAACGUAAGAGCAAAAACAAAUCACCCAAUUUCAAACUACGCUCGAACAACACCAGUUCAUCUUACUCAACAGCCAAUGGGAGAUCUCAGGAAAACGGCUAUGAUACUGGCAAUGACAGUCGAAAAGUCUAUGUGACUAAAAACAACAGCCGUUUCGAUCAGCUUAUAGAAGACGAAGCAUGUGUGCGAUCCAGUCUCUGCUAUCAUCGGGUGCUGGUGCACGGCAAAAGAAUCCCCAAGCCAGUGGAUCGAUUGGAGGCAGCCAAUUUUUGCCCUGAGGUACAUCGGGAGCUAAGUCUGCUGAACUUUGGCUCGAUUCAUCGAAUCCAAGCGUACGCCUGGCCGCAUAUUCUGCGGGGCAAUUCGUUCUUCUGCGUCAAUGCUGCCUUGACGGGCAAAACUUUUUCGUAUCUACCGGCAAUUUGCUCGGAAGUUAUGAAAAUGCACGACGAAGAUCUGGUUAAGAGUGGACCAGGACCAACGGUCAUUAUCAUAUCCAAAUCAUCGCGUGAAGUUCAACGGGUGGCAAGUUACUGUAAGAAAAUGCUGAACUCUUCAGUGAACAAAUCCAUGGCCGUUGUGGAGGCUUGCGGUGCCAGAGACAUUCCUAAAGCUUGUAAUCUCUUGCUAAAUGGAUGCGCUGUCCUAGUUGCCACAGCCCCUGCCUUCAAGCGAAUAUUUGAGAGCAUGCCAAAUGCAUUGGUGAAGGAACGGAUUAUGGCAGUGGUUAUCGAUAACAUCGACAUGAUCAUUGAGCGUUUCGGCAGCGAGCUGCAACUGUUGUGCAAAGUUUGUGAUAAACCGGAGCUUCAAAUGGUCGUAACUGCUACCUAUUGGAACCCCAUGUUUACCGGCUUUCUCAAGAGAUACAAGAACAUGAUCAUAUGCAUUGGAGCUUACUUGGAGGCAGCGGCUUACGGGAAGUCAACUAUAACACUGAAAUUGAAUACCGAAGAAAUGAAAAUGCAUAAUAUACUGACUUUUAUGAAAGAAAAUAAUUAUCAAAACGAACGAACUCUGGUUGUGUGCAGUGAACCUGUGGAAGUGUACAAUGUUGUGGAACAACUCAAGUCACAAUCAAUCACACAUAUGUUUUGCAACGAUAAAACUACCCUGACAAAAAUGAACGGUUUCAAGGAGUGGGACAAUCAACUAGCCGGUGAAAUGCACGUCAUGGUAUGCUACGACGAUAUUUUGCCGGAACUGGAAAUAUCCAAAGCUCAGCACAUAAUUCACUACAGCUUGCCAAGCUCGUGGACAAAGUUUACGCGUCGCUUCGCUUGUUCAUUUGGCUAUUACCAAGAUCCGUUCCGCGAUGAUUGCAUUGUACAGCAGAAACCUUCAUCUUCAGUGAUUCUGCUAGACGAAAACAACAACGAACAACUACCGAAGCUAGUGGAGUUUUUGCGAAUACACAAUCAUGAUGUUGCUGGACCGGUUUUGAAGUUGGCAAACAACAUUCGUAUUCAACAAGAAGAACAAAAGCUCGCUGUCGGCAAUCAGAUUGACUUUUGUUCGCAAGUGCUUGAAUUUGGUAAAUGUCGAACAACGGGUUGUACGAAACGGCACGUUUUUACCACAAAUGAUCUUCGAAUAGAUUCGAUAGUUCCCACCUGCGGUAUUAUUAAAAUGAAAAUAUAUAAUCUCUUUUCACCGACCUAUUAUACUGUGCGGAUACUGGAGCAUCGUGACUACGGCGAAAAGCAAUGGAAUAAAGUGAAUGACCCGCAAAAGUUCCUUGAACUGGACCUGGAAAUGCAGCAGCACUUUUCUAACGAAGAUCGCCACUGCAAUCAUGGAGAGGUUCACUACAACGACUGGUGUGCAAUUCACGACGAACAUCGUUAUUGGCGUUGCCGCAUUAUUAGUAUCGACCAGAAAAAAUUAGAAAAUUCAAUAAGCAAGAAAGUGAAAGUGAAACUUCUAGAUGUUGGACGUGCUAUCGAUUGCCUUUCCUCGGAACUGUUACAUCUACCAAAAGACUUUUGCCGAUUGCCACCGCAGGCCAUCGAUAUCCGGAUUGUUGGAGUUGUACCACAUGAUCUUGAAACAGACUGGGAUAAGCGGGUUACUCACACCAUUCGUGAGUGGGUUCAAAAGUAUACAGCUAAUGAUCGUUUUCAUGUGGAGGGUAAAGUGAUGUUGGCGAUCCGGGAUACCGUGUGGGUCGAUACAAUCCGGCUAGUGGAGCAUUUGGAGGGUAUCAAUACGGAAUUGCACGAGAUUCAUGUAAAGUCGGAAAUUGUAGGUAAAAACUUCGGUGUAACUGAUAAGGAACCGUUGGAGCUGCUAACAAAAAUGGUAGAAGCAUGUGAAAUGUAUCGCGACCGGAACAACGGGCCAUCUCCUAAACCGGAAGAUUUUGAUCAACAAGUGGAUGAAGAGGACAAAGCGCAUGUUAGUGAAAUUGAUAGCACAGAAUCGGAUGAGUUUUUUCGGUUGAAGUCAAAGGAAAACACUGAUAAAUCAAAGACCAAAAAGAAAGUAAUAGUACCGAUUGAGAUUACCGACGAUUCUGAUGCCAGCGUGCCAGUUCUGAAUGACAUGAGUCGUGUUUCUGCAUCGACUUCAGAAAAAAGUAAAAUUGAUGAACCAGAUCCAAUCAUCCAAGUUCAACGCCGGAAAAUAUGCGAAUUUUACGAGGGGCUAGAAGAAGGUGCAACCUAUGAAGUUUACGUUUCUCAGUAUUAUGGACCGGAUGAUUUCUACGUUUGUAAAAUUGAUAAGUUUUCAUCGAUCGCUUCAGCUAUCAAGGAAUUCACUGAAAAUGAAACUAACCUUGUUCCGCUCAAAACAGUUGAGGUCGGAGAGUACUGCUUGGUUUUAUACGACAGUGCCUAUCAACGAACAAAGAUAGUAGACGUAGAGGGUCAGAAUGCUCGCGUGUUUUUCCUAGACAUUGGAGGAUAUGAGACCUAUGGAUCGAUCGACCUUUUUGAGUUACCAGAUGAUGUUCUUAAAACGGCUGCUUUUUGUGCCAUAAAGGCAAAAUUUGCCUGCAUUCAGCCCCGUGAGGAGAAAAACGGUUGGGAUCCUGAAGUCAGUGACAGGAUUUACGACGAAGUGCUCGCUGAUUAUCGUACUUUUAAUGCCAAAGUUAUCGAAACAUUACCUGAUAAUCCGGUCGAUACUUUCGUCAAUUGCAAAUUUUAUCGGCUUCUACUAUUUGACCCGAAUCAAGAGCUGGAAUCAUGGAUUUUCGACGAAAUUGUAGAACUUAAACUUGCUCGUUACAUUGAAGAUGAACGACCGUAUUCUGUUGACAUAAACUUCGGGGACGACGAUUUCCGCCGCUUGCUUGAUCCUAAUUACGAUCCUUCCAGAAAACCCGCAGACAGUGGUAGUGACAGUGAGGCAAGAAUUGAAGAAUAUAUAGAACCCACUCCUGUCGUCGUUGAACCUGCUGCUGUUGAACCGAGAAAGCCACCCACGAAACUGUCUCUGCUUAAACAAAGGUUGCGUCGAAGAAAGUCAGCACACGCGAAAUCGUAUCCUCGUCUGAAGAGUGAAUUUCGAAGCCCGAAAACAAUGUGGCGCCAGGACAACUCUCUCAUAGUCAUACGCAUUUCAGCACCGGAAAAUGUUCGGUACGAUUUAGAAAUGGAUUCUGAAUCACUUAAGUUGUGCUACGUAGAGGAUGAUGAAAAAUACCUUCUCUCGAUUAUAUUCUUUGCUGCCAUUAUUCCAGAACUAGUGGUCCAUGAAGUUCGUGGUCUAUCGAUUGUAGUGCGGGUUGUGAAGUUGGUGCAAUCGCUUCAAUGGCCCUCGCUGAUGAGAAAUGGAGACAAAGUGCCUUGGUUGCAGCAGUGCAUGGAAGUCAGCAACUCUGAUGAAACCGAUGGAUUUGAGGGAACAUACCGGGGAAUGCCGUCGGUGCCGAAUCUCGACUCAACUGACAGUGUGAGCGACGAACCAGAUUAUAGUGAACAUUACGACCGGUUCGACCCCAUCGAUGAUGAUUAUUUCCUCAGGGAAGAUUAAACACUUUUACUUUAAACGCUUUAACUUUACAAUGUUAUUACAACUACGGAUACUGAGUAUCCAGAUUGGUUUUGAAAACCUGCACCAUAGGUAUUUCUUAUGCGUUCCUUUUUGCGUAAUAAAAUAGUAUAUUCUCAUAACUUGACUAAGA